CAAAGUUUUCAAAGGCGUCUAGCUCAAGUAUCAGCAAUUUCUACAGCAUAUCUCUCUGGCUAAUCCAUGUUAUUUGCCUACUCUAUCGUACAUCAAAACCUGUAAGUCCUCCAACAUAUGGUCCCAAACAAGUCUCUAAUGUUACUGAAACUUUGAUUUUACCUACUAGUCAAUUUCUCCUUCCUGAUCUUUGUUUCUUGUUAUGGUGGACUGGACCAACUAGUCUAAAAUCAGUCCCUACACGAGAAAAAAUAAAGUUCUGCUGAGAGGUCUCCACUUAUAGUCAUAUUGAAAGCUUGAAAGUUUAUAUUCCUCAUCAUCUCAUAAUCUUGAAAGCUCAAACUUCUAAAUCCGGCAAGAAUCUAUUGAAAAACAUGAAGCAAAGGGAAGGUAAGAGUGUAGCUGAUGGAAAAAAGUCGAAGAAGAUUGCUCCACCACCUCCACCACCACCACCAGCAUCGAGGUUUCUUCUUAGCAGGAAAUUGGCAACACCAAGCCUGACCAAACAGGAGAUUGCUAAGUAUUGGAAACAGAAGCGCAAAACUGAAGAAGAGCACUUCCUUGAUGCCAUCAAAGCUGCAGCCAGAAUCAGGGCGCGCAAUCUCUCGGAGGAGGACUACAAACAUUUCGUGGAUUCCUUGUAUGAGUAUGAUAAGGAGAAUGAGAUGGUAGCUAAGAACAUCUCUGAAACUCAUGACAACGUGAAGGAUAAGAGAGUUGGUAUAAAGGAUUGGUGGACGAAGAGCAAAUAUGCAUAUUUAAACCAGCCUGCUUUGAAGUCCAUGGAACGCCAUGGCUCCACUUAUAUUCCGCAACUAUAUUGCUACAAGGCUCCACCUCCACCAGUUACAACCACUUUUGGGAUCUUCUAGACAAUUCAAGCCGUUCACUCAUUCAUAUAUAUUUCAUGUAUGCGUAUAUCAUUGUUUGUUAAGUGUGAUCCUCAAAUUAGAGGAAGUGUCAUAUGAUUGAAAUUGUUGUAUUGGGUUUGUGACUUUGUGUGAAAACUGGUGUUAAUAAAUAAUGGUUCUAUUGUUGGA